AUGGGUGGUGGCCACGAAAACAAAGUCGAACAGUUGCCGCCAAAUUUCCGCUUCUCGCCCGACGAUCGUUUCUACUUGGCCCCGCCAUUUUGCCAUCUUCUCCAUUAUAGAGCCGCCUGCCUGCCAGCCGUCGCCUUCGAAAUCAUCUGCCUUGCUUCGGGACUAUGGGCAUUGACGCAAUGCUCCGAAUUUUUGGCCCUGUGGGUGGUGCUCCUCUUCGCCGCCCUUCUGUUGAUGGCCGUCGUUUCCGGCGCGAUGAUGGUUUUCGCCGUGAUUAACGACAAACCAGCGUGGUUCCUGCCCAAGAUGUUGAUCUUGCAACUGGAAAUCUUUGUGCUGAUGGUGGUGGCGUUGGUGGCGAUUGUGGCAAUGUCGAUUGGAAUUGAGGCCACCGCCUGGCUCUUUUCCUUCAUCCUCAAGGUCUCGGUGAUGGAGCCAAAAUUCGGCCCGAUUUGGCCGUUCAACAUUGCCGCCGUCAGCUUCUUUGGUGCCGCUAUUUCCGUUUGGUGCCUAGCAAUCGUGCGUGGGGCCCAGGACUAUGUGCUCGACAAGGAAUACUUCAUGAAGCAGCCGACCGUCGAAAUGACCCCCGAAAAGAAGGCGCCAAAACCA